ACUCCCACAAUGCUCAUGGCAAUUACCCGCUCCAUCACUAAUAGUACAGUCAACUGCGCUAGAAGGAGGGUCCGAAGUGACCGUUUGGCUGUAAUCUGGAAAGUCUCCUGCGAAACGAAACUGCUGUGCUGUUUGAGAAGGAUCUGGCUGGUAUGGUUUCAGAGGAAAACCAGUUUCUUAAUGCAUGUUUUUCACUAGGAGUGCAAGUCUAGUGGGUACAGGGAUCUCAGAAAUGGCUCUGCUAGUUGCUCUAAUUGUGACGGGUUUGUUUUAUUGGAGGAUAACAACCGUUGAAGGUGUGACAUUUUCAUUUCAUGGCUCAUCAAUUAGAAAUGACAACCAGGGGAGGAUAAGCGUGUACGAUUUUGAAGUUGUGGGUGAAAGCGAUUUUAGCAGUGCUCUCAAGUGUACAUCUGAAAAGACAAUAGGAUCUGUUCCUAGUCCUAGUGCUGGUAGAGGAACUCUUUAUCAGGAUAGAGAUAAUCCUCGAUGCUGUUAUGCUGGCCUAAAUGAUCUAGAUCGUUUGGGGGGAAUAACUCUAGGAUGGAGUGGAAACACAGCUAAUGAAGACAAUCGUAGAGUGUACUACCUGAGCAGAAGGAGUCACAAUCCCGAAGAAGGAUACUUCACAUGCUUUAUACCAAAUGACAAUAGAAAUCAAAGAGGUCUAUACAUCCUCUACCCCAUCACUGCAGUAACUGCAGCUAUUGAGGUGGAGACAGGAUCAUCGACAUUCAGAGUGAGGUGUACCUCCACUGGUGGGAGAGCUCUCAACAUGACUGUCUCUGGACCUAAUGGAUACAACUAUGACCUCAGAAACAUAGAGCCGCUGGGUACUAGAAGGUACCUGGGCGGUGACAGCUACACUGCCACUACUGAAGUCAUGUCCAAUGGCAAGGAUGGAGAUGCAUACAAAUGCAAUGUAACUAGUUUUUCAUCAAACAUUAGCACUGUAACUGUGAGAGUUCUUGCUCCAAUCAUCACUUCACUGGAGCUAAGAGCUGCCACUAGUGUGAGGGUGCAGUGGACUAGACCAGAACUUUCAGUGACAGGAUACAUAGUUCACUACACUCUGGCUGGAGGAAUUGGUAACGAUGGAACUCAGACUGUCAGUGCAGGCUCUACUGGUACAGACAUUACUGGACUUACUGGUGGACAGACUUACAUCGUCACAGUAGAGGUCACCUCAAACUCUCCUAACAUCCUACCUGGAAUAUCUGAGGGAAAGAAUAUUACCCUGCCUCCUGGUAUUCCUAAGGAUGUGAAAACUAAUUUUGACUCAUCAGCCUCAGUGGCAGUAUCCUGGCAGGCAGUGGAUGAUGCUGACAGCUAUACUGUCACAUUCUCACAAAUGCAGGGAGCUGAUCAGCAGGGACUAUGUCCUACUGACUCUCAUACUGCCACUCUGACAGUCAGUGCUCCCUCCACUACUGUCAGUAUCGCUGUAGGAGGAGAUGUGGCAUCAACAGUGACUGAUAUGUUGAGAGCCUACACCACAUACGAGGUGACUGUGGAGGCAGUCAGUGAUGUUCGAGGUACCAGUCAACUCAGUGAGACCAGGAGAGUUCUAACACCACAGAUGAGUGCAGGAGAGGCUCUAGGCAAUGUGAGAGCUAAGGCUGAGAGCUCCACUGAGAUCUCUGUCCAGUGGAGUGGCCUCUCCAACUGUAGACUAGUCAAUGGUCACAUUGUCAGCUUCAGAGUUCAGUUUGCAACUGGCAGUACAGCUGACAAGGUCAUGGGAGAAGGCAAUGACGGUAACCAGUGGUGGUGGAGCGGAGGAGAGAUCAUACUGACUGGGCUGACUCCUCGUACCAAAUACUCCAUCUCAGUAGCUGCUGUGAAUGAAAACGGAGACACGGGAGUGUACAGUGACCCGAUAGAAAUAACCACCCCAGACUGUAAGUUAUUGCAGUAGUUUCGAAUGCUUGUAAUGCAAGUUCCAGCGCCAAAUCUACAAUGGGUAUUAAUUUUGGUGCUGGAACUUGAAGCUGUGUUCAGGUUAUUUCAGUCCAUUGAUGUCCAAAUUACCACUGUCUACUGUCCAGUAUAUACACUGGGUUACAGCUGAUAGUUCAGGGGACACUAACUCAACCCCCAUAAUAAUUGCAGUGGUUAUUGGUGUGAUUGGUGCUGCAGUGGGCAUCACAGGACUUAUCGGUGGAACCAUCAUUGUCCAUAGACGCAGAAAAGAGUCCAAGCCAAAAGAUGUACAUACAGAGGUCAACCCUGCGUAUGGCCAAUUUAAAAGACAGGCAGAAAUUUGAAGAAUAACUUUACGUAAAAAACCUUAAAACUUGUGUGCAUAAUACAUACGUAGGUAGUUCUAGUUUUGCUCAAUUCCUCGUGAGCAUUAAGUCAGAGAGUGUUGAAUUGAAAAUAUGUAGAAAGUAAUAGCAUCAUAUUUCCCCUUGGAGAACAUUCUUGUUUUGCUUCAACUAGCAUCUUCCCUAGUCAUGACAUUUACGUGAAGUAAAACACUAUCAAUAAUCAAAAACAUUAUGUAUAUAUAUAUAAUCUGCACAACAUAAAAUGAGUAGCUCAAAAAACAACCAUAAGUGAUUUUUGAAAAACCAUGGCUACAUAAUUAUUAAUAUUUAUGGCCUUCAUUACCAAUACUCUUUCAAAACUCCAUACUGUCAAUAAAUUAGUCUCAAUGCCAGAAGUAUCUGAACGCCCUCCAUGAUAACCAGAGACCUCCAACAUAUGGUGCAACACGGACCACACGAAACAGAAACGACACGAGUGAAUCUGCUCUGGUCACUGCUCUCAAUAUCUCCUGUAUGUAUGUAUGCGUGGUUCAGAGAAAGUGAACACAAUUGCUACCAGCAAAAGAGUCCACUCACCCAACCCCCAGUGAUGACCAGCCAGCUCAUGAACCCGAUACGGAACAGGUAAGACACCACACUCGGUAGGAGCUGUUUC